AUGAACAUCGAUGUCAUGCGUUGCUUCUAUAGAGCAACACGACUAGACACCAACGCAUCAGGGUACAGAUUCCACCUACGCCAAUUGUUCCUGGCAGCGUACCCUGAUCUAACUAAUGUCGCUGAACAGAGGCUAGUGGAUCAGAAACGGGUAAUCGUCAACAACAAGAAAUUAACUGUGCAGGAGAUUGAGGAAAUAAAGAGAGAAGUUGCUCAUGAGUUACAUAUUGCAUCUACUCCUAUAGAGGCGGACAUUAUCGUCACGCCAUCAUCAGUCGAUGAAUUCUCUCGUCAUGCUAGGGAUGGGGUGGUCUCCCCUAGAGCGUAUCCAAUUCAUACGAGACCUCGUAGGUUUGUAGAUUCAGCGGAUAGUGUACCAAGUUUUGAAGACACGAUGGAACUGGAAACUCGUGAGAAGAUUAGAUUCUUCAGAGACAAAUGGGGAGGGAGUAAUCCAAAUGUAAGGCCAGCAAUUCCAAAACUUUGGAUGAAUAGGAUGUGCAAAGACCGCAUAAAGAUUAUUAAUAAUAAGAUCAUUAAUGAACUCAUCUCAGAGGAGGCGGAUCUCGAAGAAAUCCACUUAGUCGUCUACGCUUGUGCCUGCACUGUCACAGUUUUAAAUGGCCAGAAGUUAAGGUCGCACGGUGAGCAAUGUCCAAAAAGAAGGAGGAAACCUGCCUGGCAACUGAGACUCGAGAAAAAGAUCGAGAGAUUGCGGAAGGAAAUUGGUCGAACCACUCAUUAUUUAAGAGGUGUCAGGACUAAGAAAUUGGAGAAAGAGAUUAGUCUUAUCAUCAGGGACAAAAGUAAGACCGUCACGGAAACCUAA